CUGUAAUUAGGACAUUCGGAAAGUUUUUGAGUGAUUCGGAAUAUUUUCUGGAUCUCAGUAGUCCCUGUUCGAACUUCAAAUAGUCACGCAGCAUGGAUUAAAAAUUAUUUCUAUUUACAAUUUACCAGUGUACAAAGAAAAACAACAACAAAAAAUUAUCAAUAAAAUUAAUAAAAAUAACAAAAAAAAAUCAACAACAUUGCAAGAACGCAGGCGAACGGCGGCAACAAUUGGAUAACUUGUCAGCUCUUUGUGAAGCGCCUAAUCAGGAGUUCAACGAAUAGGACAGGCCACAAUUGCGAAUAAGCUUACAGAUCGGAUUCUAAAGUUCCACACUAACAUCAGCAGUGUGAAACACCAUGACUGAUCCGUCUAUUGGCUCUUCGUCCCCAAACUGGGCUAGUCUCAUCUCCAGUGGACUCAUUCCCACCUUUAUAAGUGAGCUACCGGCGGCAAGUAAUGUCCAAGUUUCCAAUAGCACGGGCCCUUCCUCGGAGGCCACACGGGAUCUACCGCUGUUGAUGAGCAGCUUGAGCGGCCAGAUGUCGCCUUAUGCGCCCGUCUUUCAUCCCAUGGGCUCGUAUGCGUCCCAUUUGCUGGCCCUGGAGCAGGCAGCACAGAUCAAUCCGCAGUCGCUGCCCCCGCCGCCGCCACGUCCGAUGGAUCCACACCUUGAGGACUACUACGACAGACCGCCCAUGACGGAGCUCUUCAACUACAAUGGGCCGCACCAGAUGCAGGCGCAUAUGUAUCCAGCUGACUUCGGCGAUGGCGCCGGUAUGAACGGCUGCACAGUGGAUCUAACCAUUCGGGUGGCUCCAAAUCCUCGCGCUUAUCCUCCCAGCCAGCGGCCACGCGGCAAUUGGCACGAGCAGCCGAAUCGGGAUUUCUGGUCGGAGGUGGAUCCGCAAAGCGUGCCAGUGCCAGUGCAGAGGCUAAUGCCACCGCAGAUGCAUAUACAAAUGCCUCAUUUGCCGGGCCAAAUGCCGGUCCAGAUGCCCGUUCAGAUGCCCGUCCAAAUGCCGGUCCAGAUGCCAGUCCAGAUGCAGCCCCAAAUGCUGAUCCAAGUGCAGCAGGCGCCACCAAACCACGAUUAUUGGCGGGAUAUGGAACAGCAGGCGGUCUUUAUGGGCCAGCGGGAGCAGGUGCAGCCGAUAUUGCCAACCCAUCAGUUUGUGCCCGAUAUGGAUCAGCAGGUCCCAGCUGCAAUGCAAGCGGCCCAAUCUCAAGCAGAAACACAAGCACAGCCACAACCCGAAACACAAGCACAACUCCGCGACUUUUGGCGUGACAUCGAUCGGGGUGCGCCAGCCGGAUCGCAGGCACAGCACGUGCAGCCGCUGCUGCCGGGUCGCGAGUAUUGGCGGGAUGUGGAGGCUGGCCUGCCACUGCAGGCCCAGCCACAGCCAGCACCGCUGCACGUCGAUUUUUGGCGCGACAUGGAACAACAGACUGCCGCUGUCGCACCACAGGCCCACAAGCAGUCCGCGCUACCGCUACCUGGUGACUAUUGGCGGGAAGCACACGCUCUGCCGCCAGCCUCUGAAUAUUGGCGAGGUGUAGAGCAACUAGUCGCUGCAGUUGCACCACAGCAGCAGCAGCAGCAACCACAUCAGCGCCACCAGCAUCACCACCAGCACCAGCAGCACCACCAGCAGCUCCAGCAUCAGCACCAGCACAAGUCGCAGCCACAGGUGAUGCCUCUGACCCGCGACAUUUGGCGGGAUAUGGAGCAGAACGGCUCGGCUCUUGCAGCACACACACAGGCACCGCCGCAGCCAACCUCAUAUGACUAUUGGCGGGACAUUGAACAGCUGAUCGCCGCAUUUGCCGCACAGCCGCCGCAGACACAGCCACCGCCACCACCUCCCCCGCCGCCAGCAGCAACAGCAACCGGACCAGCCGGGGCAGCAGCGACGGUGCAACCAGCUAUCAAUCCCUGGCAGGACAUGGAGCAACAGAAACUUGCAGUAUUGCCACAAACGCAGGCUCGGGAAUAUUUAAGAGAAGCGGAGCACCAGGUCGCGCCAUCAGCCAUCGGAGCACAGUUGCAGGGACAGAUGCUUGGACAGAGUGUACCGCAGCCACCAAUAUGGUGGCCCAGGAACGAGCCGCAUCUAGCUGGAGCUGCGCCACAGCCAGCGGCUGUACCGACGACGGUACCGUCCCGCACCGACUGGUGGCCAGAAGUGGAGCAGAAGCACGUGCAGCCAAUCGAUGUGGAAGAACAAGUUGCGGCUGGAAGUGGUGCUGGUAGUGCACCAAAGUUGCCACCACCAGCGGCACAGGCAAGUGCUUUACCCUCGCUGCGUGAAUGGUGGCCGGCAAAUGAGCUGGGCGAGGCUGCCGUACCGGACUGGUGUCCGGAGAGUGAGCCCAAGCUACACGUUCACCCCGUACCCUCGACCUGUACAUACUGGAACGAUAUGAAGCAGCUGCCCGCCUCUGGUGCACCACAGCCGCCGUCGCCUCCGCAGCCGCAGCCGCAGCCGGUAGCGCAGUCGACCGAAUGGUGGCCAGGGCUGGAGCUGAAGACAGGCCCAGCUAUGGCGCAUUUGUCAGUGCAGGCAGCACCGUCAUUUCACAAUCUUUGCCAGGAUAAGGAACAGCAGCACCAGGGUUCGGCUUCUGCAUUCAUGGAAAUGGAGCAGCAGCCGCAGGCACAGCCACAAGCAUCGGCAGCACCACGCGAAUGGUGGCAGGCGGCUGCAUUUACUCCGCAGCAGGAACAGACGCCCUCACAGCAGCCGGUGCAGCCUGUGCAGCCUGUGCAGCCUGUGCAGCCGCGCAGUAUUGAUCCGAGCGUUGACUGGGUGCCCUACUCGUAUGCAUCGCUGUCGGUGCUGAAUCUGCCCAACACAUUGUCGGAAGCUAAAUCGGAUAUGGCUGCCAAUUUCGAGGAUAGAAAGGUGGAAUCUGGAGCGACAGCUAUGCCAAAGCCGAGGAACACCACCAGCGGCAGCUGCGAUACGCAAACGGCGGACUUUCCAUCCUUUGAGGACUUUGCUCGUCAGGUGAGCGAGUGCAGCCUGUCCAGCUCGGAGUAUAUUGCCACAUUGAGGAACCUGAUGAUACGCGCCCACAACCUGAUGCUGCCCUUGCUGCGCGGCCGUUUCGCCAACAUGACCCAGGUCCAGAUGGCCGCCUACACGACCGCAAUUCUGGAGGUGACACCUCUGCAUCCGAGUCUCUUUCUGCCCUCGAGCGUGGCCCGUCCCUGGAUGGGCAACGGCGGCCUGCUGCCGCCCUGUCAUCCGCACAGCCUGACACCUCAGGAUCUGGCACGCAUUAAUUUACCGCCACGCCCACAGCCACGACCAAUGCUGGUCAAUAUGGGCACGCAGACCGAUUACCAUUGCUGGUGCAUGCACAUAAGCAUGUUUCCGCCGCCGCCGUUGCAUGGGCCGCCACCGCCGCGGGCACAGGGCAAUCCGGGUCCCCACUUUGCCACACCAAAUGGACCGCGCAUGAUGGCGCCAUGUGGCACAGCGCCUCUGAGUUUCUGGGGCAGACCCAUAGUGCCCAUGCAUCCGCAUCCGUAUCCGCAUGCCCACCAGAUGCCACGCCCGCAUGGCUCGCGUUAUGGCUAUCGGAUCAAUACCUACAGCGUGCCCUGUCGCUUUGGCCCCGCCGGCAAUGGGCGUUCGCGGAACAUGGGCAUGUACGGCGCGGCCAUGCAGCCGCCGGGCGGCCACCAGAGCGAGGACAAUGCCAGCACGGACAGGAGCUCCAAUCAGUAUAUGGAACAGCCGCAGCAGCAGCCGCCGCAGCAGCAGCAGCAGUCGCAGCCAGCAACAGCAGCAGCAGCAGCACAGGCGUCAUUGAACAACAUAUCCCUGCUCCGCGCCAACUCGUCCGGCUUGCAACGCCAGAUGCAAAUGCAAAAUGCGCUCCAGCAACACUCAUCGCAUCAGUCGCCGCUUCAGCAACAACUCCAUCAGCAGCAGCAGCAGCAGCAACGGCUGCAACAGCAUCAGCAUCAGCAGCAACAGUCUGACAGCUCGUCCGACAGUCAGUCGAGCUCGCCCAUGCUCCAUGCCGAGCAGCAGUCGCGCCGCUGCCUGCCCAGCACCUCUUCCGGCAGCCAGUCCAGCUCACUGAGUCCACGAUCCUCCAGUCACAGCUCGUCGAUAAUAAGCAACAACGACAGCGAGGCCGACGACUACGAUGACAACGAUAACGACAACGACAACGAUAACAACAAUGUCGAUAACGCCGCCGGUAUCACGGCGAACGCAGAAACCAGAAAUGUGGAACACGCAGCGGGCACCACAACGGAUCUGCGAGUGCCACAUGCAGAUAGGACGAGCGAGGUUCCAAUUAUCGAGAAUCCGCGCCGUGAUCCGAUAGCUCAGUCCCCGCCAACCGAUGAGAAUGGCAACGCAGAUGCGACAACGGCCAAUCGGGUGGUUAUGAAGCAGGUUAACAACAUAUUCCUACAGCCCACGGGCCCGGUGAUGCCCACAAUGCCGAUGAUGCACUUUAUAAUGGCGCAGGGCAACGGCCAGGGAGAUAUGCCUCCGAUGAUCUUUGACAUGAAUGACAAUUACAGUCCGAAUACGAACUAUGCUCAGUUUCUGCCCAACAUUAAUAUGAACAUGAACAUGAACAUGAAUAUGUUUGGCAAUCCAAUGGGCAAUCCAAUGUCCAAUGUUCAUGUCAUGUCCACCGAUGUGGCCGGCAAUUUCUGUCAGCUAAUGCCAGAUGUGGCCAUGAUGAACACGGCUAUGAUAUUACCGUAUUCCACCUAUAAGAAUCCAAAUGAGCCUUACACCCCGAUGGACAUGCACGAUGGCAUAAACAUGAACGAGAACUUUCCCCCAGCUAACGCUACCAUAAUGGCGAUCCCACUUGAGGAUAUCAAUCCGAUGCUAAAUCCCAAUGUUUAUAUGGCCAACAACGAGCUGUUGGUCACCAAUGAUGGCAAUAUCAAUGAGUGCAGCAGCAACGAAGUCUUUAAUACUGCCGAUCACUGCAAGGAGAGUAACAUCAAUCAAGAACUUACAGCUAAUGAGUGUGAAUCAAUCAACAAGCUCACAUCUGCUGCACAACAGCCAGAGGAAAAUUAAACAAUAUGAGAGAAAAAAACAAAAAAAAAAAAAACAAACAAACAAACACAU